GCCAUAUCUGAAAGUUUAUGCCAUACCUGCCUACCUGGUUGGUCAUUCUGACUGCGUUGUAGAUUCCACAUAAACAGAUAAACCUUUGCCUUCUAAAAAAGUCUCUAACACACGCCUCUCUUUUUAAAAAAUUCUUUUGUUGAUUGAUAAUAGUUUAUUCUUUCCCCUUUCUCCAUAUAGCCCCAGUGCCCCAAAAAAAGAACAAAUUCUUCGAUUUCCCAUGCAUCAAUGUAUUGACUAGAGUUGUACAUUUCUUUAUUUGCUCUCAAAACUUGUAUACUACAUACUAAUAAAGAAAAAAAAGAAUAUUUUUCUGCAAUAAUACGCCGGAAAGCUGUAGUGAGAUUCUGGUGUUUCCCAGUCAGAGUAAGGUUAAAGAAUGGAGUCUCUUGAAGAGGACUUUGAUCUCAACUGGGUUUGCUGUCUUCUUGAUGAUAUAUCAAGCAACUGUUGUGACUCUUCUGUCAUGCAGCCUGAUGUUCCUUUGCCUAUUCCUCGUUAUGAUUCUUAUUCCAGCUCCACCUUCCAUAGUGCGGCCACUCAAGAUUAUAGUGAGGGUUUGUAUGGUUUUGAUGACUGCUGCCGGAAAAGGGUCUGUGUGGGAUCAGUCACUGCAUCCAGCAGCUCCAAAGCAUGCCGUGAGAAACAAAGAAGGGAUCAUCUAAAUGAAAGGUUCCUUGAGUUAAGUGAAACAUUGAGGUCUGGAACAACACCCAAGUUUGACAAAGCCGCUAUACUAACUGAUGCUAUUCGGCAAGUAAAGCUGUUACGUGAAGAAACAUGUAACUUAACCAGCCAAAAUGGCAAAUUAAAAGAAAAGAUUAAUGAAUUGAAGGCAAAGAAGAAAGCCCUUCGCGCUGAAAAGCAUAGGUUAGUGUCAGAGAAAGAGAAGUUAGAGCAGAGAAUUAACUUUGUAGGUUCUUCUCCUAGCUUACAUUUCCAUCCUACUUCAGUUCCAACUUCAUACGCUAUCCCCUGUCAAGCAGUUGGUGGCAAACUGAUGCCCCUGGUUAAUUACUCCGGUGUUCCCUUUUGGCAAUUUGUGCCUCAAGCUGCAUUUGAUACCUCACAAGAUCAUGUCUUUCACCCUCCCGUCGCUUAAGCUGGAGCUAUUAUCCCUUCCUCGCAGAUCUCCCAUGGGCCUUGAAGUUAAUGGUUAAGUCUCCUUAUUGUAAGAUGCUCUGUUUCAGGAUGAAGGGAUGAAUUAACAAUGGAUGAUUGGCUGUUAUUGGAGUUAUUGUUAAUUCUGCUUAACUAAUAAACUAAUUCAGUAUUGCAUUGAUU